CAGAUAUUUCCCAACGUGAGCGCCAUUCACGCAAUCCCAAACCGCCAUUUUGAAGAAAAUCUUUGUCGAAACUUUCGUCUAUAACAAGCUCACUUUUGUUGUAAUGGCGACGGUAAAGAUGAAGAGAUCCUGUGCUUCCCAUGUGAUGGCAAUCGGUAUUAUUCUUUUCAUGUUAAGAGGGGCAUUAGGGAACAGCACCAAUCAGAGCUCCUUACCCAGUGCCAACUCCACAGUAUCAAGAAUGUCAGCCACUACAUCCCAAGCAGCACAAUUAGUGGUUGUUUCAUCUACAAUAAUGGAGGAAUCAUCAGCAUCAGUUUCCGUUACAAGAUGUGCUUCCUUAUCAUCUCAUACCGCAAAACUGUCCAGUGCUUCAACUGUAACACUAAAACAAUCGACAAGUAUGUGGAGUUUGAAGUCAAGUUGUGCACCUCCUACCACAUCAUCACCAGCCUCGUCACUUCCGAAUAUAUCAGCCACGAUUCUGGACAUAUCAGGAAGCACGCCAGGGUUACACUCAUGUACUGUCCUGUCUUCAUUAGCCUGUGCAGCCUUGUCGAAAUGGAAUGUCUCAACUUUCAGCGUGAAACAAUCAAACAAUACAUCAACAGCACAUUCAAGUAUCUUUCCAACUAUGACAGGGAAACAACCUGUACAUUCUUUGACAUCAGCUUUAACUAGCGCGCAUAAUGACAGAUCAUCCACUAGAUCUUCCUCUCUAUGCAGUUUGAUUUAUUACAGUUUAUGUUCAUCUUCCUCAUCGUUGAAUAAUUCGAGUUCAACAGAGAAACAAUCUUCCAGUCCUUCAUCAUCAGUAUCCGACAUCACGCCUUUUUUUACAUCAUCAAAAAGCUUGUCGACGUUGACCGUUUCAAUCUUUACACUGGAGCAAACCAAAACUUCCACUUUCCCACAUUCAAGUUCCAUACUGAAACAGACAUCAGGUACGACAAGUUCAGAGUCCAUUGAUGUGCCUUUCUCCUUAUCUUCGACAUCGACUUUGACAUCAUCGACUAUUCCAAGUUCCCUACUGCAACAAACUACGAGUUCAUCAAGCACAAACUCUCGUAGUGUUCUUUCCCCUUCAUCUUCUCUUUAUCUGUCGCCAAGUAUUUCAGUUUCCAUGCCACAACAAUUAAUAACAAGUUCAUCUACUUCCACACUUAGACAAUCGAGAAGUUUACCAACUUCAGAUUCAAGUACUACAACCCCAUUUUCUUCGUCAUUACCCAGUGUUUCAAAAACGACAUCGCAGGAAGGAAGUGCAGUUAAUUCUUCAUCUAUCGCAGGGCAUCAAUCAUCAAUUGGCACAUCAGUCCUACGAUCGAACACAACGUACUUUUCUUCUCCAGCUGCUUCUGCAUCGUCGUCGAAACUUUUCCUCACGAUACAGGAAACAGUCGCAGCGAGCAGUUCAAGUCCCACACUUCAACAGACGAAAACUUCAUCAAGGAGAGAUUCUACAAAUUUACCUCCCCUCUCAUCUUCUCUAACCUUCUCAUCAUCCGGUAUUGUCAGCUCCAUGCUGCAGCAGGCAACACGUUCUACAGGUUCGGAUUCAAAUGGUGCACCUUAUUCCACAUCUUCUCAAGUUUCGCCGUCAUCGAGUACUUCAAGUUACUUACUGCAACAGACACAAAGUCCAUCAAGUUCAGAUUCAGUUAGUGUGCCUUAUUCCACGUCUUCUCCAGCUUCGCCCUCAUCAAAUGGCUAG